AUGGACGGCAAAACAGUGGUUAGGUUUAUCAAAUCAUGGGCUCACAUUUGUAAACAUGGAGCCACUGAUUUACCGAAUGAUUUAUGUCCGUUUUUAGAUCGUACGGUUAUCAAUGUUCCUGCAAGUCUCGAUGCAAAAAUCUUUGAACUUUUGUCACAUUUUUCAGAAGAGAAAGAUAGCCUCAGAUCACUGAAGCUGCUUCCUACCAAAGAGAUCAGCCCCGACCUAGUCCGGAUCUCGCUCGAGUUGACUCGAGAGAAUAUAGAGAAACUUAGAGAGCGAGCCAAGAAGGAGUCAACUCGCUCUCAUCUUGAGCUUCACUUGUCAACGUUCGUUGUUGCAAACGCGUACCUGUGGACAUGCUUAGUGAAGACGCGUGGGGGAGAUGUGAACAGGCCGGUGCGUUUCAUGUAUGCUGCUGAUUUGAGGAACCGGUUAGAUCCACCGGUUCCUGAGACGUAUUUCGGGAACUGCGUGUUCCCGAUAGGUUGCUUUGGUUACAAGGCGAAGGUACUUUUGAGAGAAGAUGGAUUUGUCAACGCGAUCGAGAUUCUAAGUGAUUCAGUUAGAAGCAUUGGUUCACGAAAGAUUGAAACAAUUUGCGAAAGGUACAUAGAUGGAACAAAGAGUGUGAAACCUGGUACACAGUCUGGAUCCAUUGCCGGUUCGAACCAUUUUGGGCUAUAUGGAUCUGAUUUUGGGUGGGGAAAACCCUGUAACAGUGAGAUUGUGUCCAUCGACCGGAACGAGGCGUUUUCUAUGUAGGAGAGGAGGGAUAAGCCCGGAGGUGUGGAGGUCGGCUUGUGUUUGAAGAAAUGUGAGAUGGAUAUAUUUAUUUCUCUAUUUCAAAAUGGUUUGCAAAUGGUUCUCUAGGAUCUUGGAUAUGGAAAAAGCUCUUUGAACUCCGGGAUCAAGCGACUUGUAUUUUUGGAGACAGUUUGGAAAGAGUUAGUUUCUCAUGACCCUCUUAUAAAAAGUCAUUCUAACAUAUUGUAUUUCAAUGGAUCUUAAGGGAAAUGCCUGUCAAACCUA